UUUUUCUGAAGUUAAAAAAGUGCAUACAAGUACCUGAAAUGUAUUUACAUGUUAAAACUCUGUUCCUACCAGGCAUAAAUCAGACGAAGCAAGUCCGCAGAUUAUCAGGAGGUCACAACAUCCUCUUGAGUUAUUACAUGGCAAGUAAUAUAUCAGGUUGGGAUUUGGACAACUCCUCCCUUUCUGAUGAUGAGCCCUGGAUCCGUGUUGGUGAUGGGCAGUGUGGCUUGCGGAUGUUGGAUGGGAACUUAGGGCGUGAGAAUUGGCGUGUGCCACUACGAGAAUGCCCUGUUGACUUGCAGUGUGAUUUGUUGGACGUGAGUGGUGACAGAGUGCCAGACUGUAUAGUAAGAGGUGGCAACACAAUGCUCUUUAUGAUUGAAGCUCGUUUUGGGACAGUAGUGUGGCAUUUGCAUGAGCACAAGGAAGAGUCUUCAGUAUUCCCCGGACAAGAUACUACUCAGUCAUCUCGAUCAGUUUUGAAAUUCUACAAACCUGGUCCAGCACUGCUUCUACCAGAUGUGAAUAAUGACAGCUUUGGUGAUUUACUCUUCUCUGGCUUACUGUCAUCCAAAGACCCUCACUCGUGGGACUCAGGCUAUGGAAAUUCAGAGCCUUGGAAUCAGGAGGAGAUGCUAGAAACACAGAGAUCGCCUUCACAGACCAACCAUCUGGUGUUGGUGUGCGGGCAGUCUGGGAGUAUUCUUGGGAAGCCCUUGGUACUGAUACAGUGUGUGAACAUUCUAACAGUCACAUGGGAUGGUGAAGGCAUUGCAUAUUCUUGUGUUGACUUUGGAGGUGCCAGUAUGAAAGGAAAAAUCCACUUAGUGGUUCUCUUACACCAGAUUAUGGGCAAAGAUGCUCCAUCUCCUCCACCAUCCACAGUCCCUGAGUCUGCAAAGUCCCUACAUCGACACCCAGUACAUACUCAGCACAGAGAUCCGUGCCACAUUACCGUCCAUAAUCAAGGACUAUGUCCAAGUUGUGAAUCCCAAAUCCGCCUCUUCAAAGCCAAUGAGCAAAUGAUGCAUAAGCACUACAAACACAGUGCUGUUGUUUCUUGGGCAACACUCCUUUCAGAUGGAGAAUGCCAUGGUGCAGUGUUGAAGAUCUGGGAGUGGAAGCACCUUGCCACUGUUGUAAAGACAGCGAAGCCCCCUCCACAGAUUGUCCGUAGAACUACACGAAGCAGUCUUGUUAGUGACAGUGACACCAAUGUGGAAACUGAGCCAACCCGGCUUGAGGUAGAUAACAUAGCAGCGACGCAGGGUGACAGUUCAUCAAACUUUAAUAUUGCUAAUGAAUCUAAUAUGAUUAUUGAUAUUCCAAGAGAGAACACCUUUAAACAGCAUCUACAGGAUGCACAAUUAGGGGAUGAGGAGUCAAAGCCUGUGCCAAAUGGAUACCCAGAUUUGGAGGUGCCAACAACCCCAGUAAGUCCAAGGCUGAGACGGGGUUCUCAUAUCAGCAGGCGAGAACCUCAACAGUAUGAACAUCCAACAAUACAUCGCCACCAUGGAAAACAAACUUCUGGAACACAGGAGGAUUACAACCAUCAUUCUGACUUUCUUCAUUAUAAUCAGCCAUAUACCAAAAAAGAAUCGGAAACAAGGAGAAGGGAAGUACAUGAUAGCCUAACACAUCGUUUGAAGCUUGUGUCAACCACAUCAGCAACGAAUCCCAGUCCCAUUCCUGUGGGUAUGAGGACUAUGCCUCCAAGUGUCUUGGCACCGCCAGGGUACCAGCUACAGCAGAUUCACGAAAGAUUAGUAUUUUUAAGGUAUAAUGGAAGCGUGUGGAUAGAAAAUACCUUAACAAGCUUAGGUAUCACUCAGCUUUGCAAAGAUGAAAAGACAUGUCUACCUGAUAUGGAAUCCCAUUCAAGAUCAGUGGCAGUUAAUACUGGGAUGGAAAAGAAUGCCUGGCAGUUGGUGUCCAGCAGCACAACCUUCGUCAACGCACCAGCCUUGGGUGAGGAACAACACACAGCACCUUGGAUUCUAACCUCUAUUGUUAGAAAAAUGAUUGUACAUGUAUGAAUUUACUUAGAAUGUAUGCAUUAAUUUGACACAAAAAACAUCAUAUUUGAGGAAUAUAGAAAAGAGGUUAGAUAAGAUUGUAAUUAAUGUUUGUUUUUAUUCAAGCAAUAAAUUACUUUUUCAAUUAUGUGAAGAACUUGCACUUCUGUAAGUAGUGAUUUAUUAUUAUUAUUAAUUUUUACACAUUUUUCAUCAAACAACAGGAUUGACCUGUGGUACAAACUUGCAGUUCAUUUCUCUUGGGUUGGUUGUGAUAAUUGAAAAUAUUUUAGUGGCUCAUGCCACUAUUCUCCAGUGUUAGAAUGAUACCUGAAUGGUUGUGAAUAAUGGUCAGAGAAAUUUAUUUUGUUAUUAGGAAUUCAGUGUAGCUAAGAAAAAUGUAAUUGGAUAUUUAGUUAUUACUUUUGGAAUUUAUAAAUCAGACAAAGCUAGAAAUUUAAAGAGGGCUGUAUUUAAAACCUACAGAAACUGACAUGUCAGAUUUUGAAUACUAACAUUGAGCCAACAGCAAUUGUGGCCGUUGUCAGUUUUAGGCUGAUCAAAAACAGCAAUGUUGCUGCCUGUUAAAGUAUUCAAUAUUGCUACAAGGUCAUUAAUGUAAACUUGAAGCUUUGCAUUAGUAUAUUUAUUUAUUUAUUUUUAGAUAACAAAAACAUUUAAUUAUGUACUUAUUUUUUUAAUCACAAAAUAGUUAAGAACUUUUGACUAUGCACCCUUUCUGUCUUCUCACUCUGAUGACCAGUUCUUGGUGAUGCAACAAACAUAAAAUUUCAGUCUGUAUUUAUGUUUCCUUGUAAAUAUAAAAAUGUAUAUACUCCUUAUUUAUCAAUUAAUAUUUUUGUCAGAAGUUAGAUAUUCCUUGUUAGCUUGGAAGUGAAUGGUAUUGCACUUAACCUCAAUCAAAAAAGCAGAGUGUAUGCGUUUGUGUGUGGGUGAAAGUUAUGGAAUGUGUGCCUUUGAUGAUGAUGUUUAUUAUCAUUAUUAUUGUUAUUGUUAGUGU